AUGCAACGAACGAAAAGUUUGCUUCAUGUCCUGCUUGUGGUAGCACUAGUGCUCUUUUUAUUGAUUACUGAGGUUUCGGUUGCUGGAGGGGUUGUUGACUUGGGAAAUGAGGUACGGGAGGACACCAUACCGCUACUUAAUGACGACACAUUCGACUCGUAUGUUUUUUCAAAGGGAUCUAAUGAUAAAGAGGGGCGAAAGAGAGGACCUUGGCUCAUAUUCUUUUUUGCUCCAUGGUGUGGUCACUGCAAGGCCGCCUUGCCCAAGUAUGCGGAUGCUAAUUUGCAGUUGGCGAAACUUGGAGUUCAGCACGCGAGGUUUGCAACCGUCAAUGCUGUAAAGAGUCCCGAAUUGGCGUUGCGGUUCCGCGUAAAGGUAUACCCGACGCUCAUAUAUACCACUGGCAAGGCAGAAAACUGGCAUGUGUACCGUGGUGCCCUCACUCCCGAGACUUUAAUGAAGUUUGCGACCCAACUUCAUUUAGCCGGCACUGUUGGGUCAUUUGCCGAUUUGACAUCAAGCCCCGAUGAAUUCGUUAGGGCGCAUCGGCAGGAUAUGGGAAGGCGCGUGCCCAUGUAUGUUUAUCUUCCUCCAACAGGUUCUCGAAGUGCCAAUGCACCGCACCAGCGAGAAGAACUUGUUCCAGGGCAACAUGGAGUGGGUGAAGGGGAAGGGCAACAGGGAGUGCAAGCGAAUAAUAGUAAGUCCAUCCAUGAGGAGAAGCACAUGCAGAAACAAGAUCGGCUUUCUGACGCGCGCGAGGCGCGGUGGAAUGUUGCCGUGGACGCUGCUGCUUCGAUGGAAAAGAUUCGGUUUGGUGUGAUAUAUGGUGAUGACGUGCCAUCUGCUUGGGCAGAGACGGGGAUAACGCCAUAUAUUGCCGUUCUCGAGGCCGCACAGCGGUGUAAAGGCAGUGGGCCCGAUGGCGCACUUGUGCUUGUUGAUUCUGACGCAUACAAACAACCACAAUGUUACGAAGGUCCGUGGUUUGAGGAGUCCGUCAAUAUCCCUCAAAAGAGCGGGGCGGAGAGCGUGACCCCGCUGCUUCACCCAUCCUUCAUAGCCUUCUUCAUGUUAAACGGCCUUCAUGCAGUGGAACGAGCUUCGUCAUCGCUUCUAUCAGCCGUUACCACCACGAACCAUCACUAUUUGGGCCUCCUUAUCACGAAUGGCCCUAUUACACAAACUGACACUAAUAUGCUUCCAGCUCUGCGUGAGGUGGUGCAAGAACGAAACGAAGCUCGCCGUGCGGUCGCUGUGGGGCUUGAACCUCAGCGGAGGGUCUCGUUGGCGUACGUUGAUGGUCGCACUCACGAGGCGUGGCGUACGCAAUACAAAGUGAAGCUGGAAGAACUCCCCGCCUUCGUGGUUGUGGACCCGCGGCGGAACAAGGUAUACCGCUUGCGCAGGCACACUCCUCACUUCGAGGUAAUUAAAUUCUUCUUGCCGUGGCCGCGUGGGGGCGAGCAACAGUCAGUCAUCGUUUCCUUCAUUGCUGAUGUCGAACGUGGGGUCGCGGUUGGUGAAAAGAUGACAUUUGUCGGGGAGGUUGCAGAGCAUCUGCUGCGACUUCCGGGAGUGGAGUUUCUCUACGAGGUCCUCGAGUUCGAAGACAGUCUACUUGUGGUUGUUGUGCUCGCCCUCUUUGUGUUUGCGAUCGUACUCCUCAUUGUACUCGUCGUAGAGCCGGUGUUUGAGCGGCGUGCGGAUGAAAGGAUGACGGGGUACGGGGAAAGGGACACUUCUGCAGUUGAAAAGAAGAGGAACUAA